AUGACAAUUGGAACUCUUGCACCUGAGGCAGAGAAUAAGAAUAUAAGGAAGAAGAGAGAAGUUUCGAAUGAGAAUGCGCCUUUGUUACCUAAGUCUCAAGAAACAGAUGGCGAGUUUAAUGAAUUUAACGGAGCUUCAUUUUCUGGGGCUGUUUUCAAUUUGUCCACCACAGUUAUUGGUGCUGGAAUCAUGGGCUUGCCUGCUUGCGUCAAAAAGUUGGGGAUGGUGCCCGGUCUUCUUGCCAUAAUCUUAACAGCAUUAUUGACAGGGAAGUCAAUUGAGUUCAUGAUCAGGUUUUCAAGGGCAGGAAACCUUUCUUCCUAUGGAAAUCUGAUGGGGGAUGCCUUUGGGAAAUACGGAAAAGCACUGAUAGAAACAUGUGUUGUAGUCGCGAACGUUGGUAUUCUAAUAGUUUACAUGAUUAUUAUUGGUGAUGUGAUUUCUGGAACUGCUUCAAGUGAAAUUCACCAUUCUGGUAUCCUUGAAGGAUGGUUUGGUGUCCAUUGGUGGACUGGGCGUAAAUUUGUUCUUGUUUUCACAACACUUGCUGUAUUUGCACCUUUGGUCAGCCUUAAGCGAAUUGAUUCAUUGAGAUUCUCAUCUGCAUUGUCAAUUGGAUUAGCAGUUGUUUUCCUUAUUAUUGCUGUGGGGAUCUCAGUUUUCAAGAUUAUAAGUGGAGGCAUUGGGAUGCCAAGACUCUUCCCAAUCAUUACUGAUGUAGCUUCAGUUUUUGAUCUAUUCACUGUAACCCCUGUGGUGAUGUCAGCCUACAUCUGUCACUACAAUGGUACGGAAAUGUUUGAAACCUUUUCAUAG